AUGCGCGACGACGACCGCACGUACGACGCGGCGGUGCGCGAGCUCGCGAAGACGAUCACGGGUAAAAAACGCGCGGACCCGGGCGCGGUGACGUGGGAGGCGCAGUUCGCGCAGCUGGAGACGUACGUCUCGAGGCUGGACCUGCGAGGGCGCGUCGACGCGCUCGACGUGGUGCACGUGGCGGGGACGAAGGGGAAGGGAUCGACGUGCGCGAUGGUGGAGGGGAUGCUCAGGGCGAGCGGGACGCGGGUGGGGACGUUCACGAGCCCGCACUUGAUGGACGUGCGAGAACGAUUUCGGAUCGACGGGGCGAUGGUGGACGAGGAGACGUUCGCGAGGGAGUUUUGGUGGACGCGGGACGCGAUCGCGGCGCGGUGCGGAGAUCUGGGGAUGCCGGCGUACUUUAGGUUUUUGACGCUGUUGGGGCUGCGAAUUUUCUCGAGCGCGGGGGUGGAGGCGUGCGUGCUGGAGGUGGGGUUGGGGGGGCGCCUGGACGCGACGAACGUGGUGCGCGCGCCGGCGGCGUGCGGGAUCACGUCGCUCGGGAUGGAUCACGUGGAUAUUUUAGGGGAUACUUUGGGGAAAAUCGCGACGGAGAAGGCGGGGAUCAUGAAGCCGGGCGUGCGAACGUUUACGGCGCCGCAAAAACCCGAGGCGAUGGUCGCGCUCGAGCGUCGCGCCGCCGAGGUUGGUUCGCCGUUAGUCGUCGCGAGAGAUUUAGACAGCUAUGAGGGCGGGAGUGAGAUCGAAGUCGGGUUGGCGGGACCGCACCAACGCGUCAACGCCGCCGUCGCCGUGGAGUUGGUGCGGGAGUGGGCGAACGCCACGAACCAGCCGUGGGCGGAGGAGAUGGAGGCUUCGUUCGCGCGAAACGAGUUACCGGAGAGCUUUCGCGUCGGGUUAGAGAAGACGACGUGGCCGGGUCGAUCGCAGGUGAUGCACGAUCCCGAUGUGAUGAACUUGACGUUUUAUCUCGACGGCGCGCACACCAUCGAAUCCAUGCGCCACAGCGCCGAAUGGUUUACGAGCACCGCGCGAGCGGUGACGGCGGAGCACAACAUCAUGCUUUUCAACUGCAUGGAUGAUCGCAAACCGGAGGAUUUACUCGAACCGGUCGCGGAUGUUUUCCACACGACUUCAAACGUACAGUUAGAGCGCGCUAUUUUUAGCCCGCCGGAUAGCACCACGAGCGGGUUAGACAAGUGCGGGGACGCAAAGGCGACCUCUUGGCAAGACAGGUGUGCGCGUACGUGGGACGAUAUCAUCGUCAAACGUGCGAACGUGCUCGCAGAAAAAGCUCAAGACACUCGAGGUGUCGUGGUUUCGAGCAUUCAUCAAGCGCUCAGUCUCAUUCGACAUCGAGCGCGAGAGGUGGCGCCGGCGCGCGUCAACGUCCUCGUCACUGGCAGUCUGUAUUUGGUCGGCGACGUCCUGAGGCAUCUAAAGAAGUGCGUGAAAUAG